GGCAAAACAACCGUGCAAGUUAUGUGAAUGUGGUGUAAAAUAUAGAUCUGAUAAUUACUUAAAUUCGCAUAGAAAUAUUGCUAGAAAAUAUUUAAAUUUUGCAUAAAACUAUUAUUUAAAGUCCAUUAUCCAAAGAACAUGUGGAGUUUAAACGUUAAAAAGUGAUUAAGUGUGCAUAAAUUGCAAAUGAAAAAUUUUUUCAUGAAGUAUUCGCAUAUGCAUAAUUAAGAAGAAAAAAAACGUAUACCCAAUAAAGCAACUGUGUGAAUUUGUGCGAUACUAGCGAAAAAAUUUAGUCACUUUUUAUUCAUACGGCAGUAAACACAAACAAAAAGUACACGCGUUUUCGCAUAUUAAAUUGAGAAAUUUUGUGAAAAAAUAAGUCGAAAUAAAGAAAAAUACGAGAAAAGAAAGUAACCAACUAUAACAACAAAAAAUAAUACUGUGUGCUAAACGUGAAGCAAAUAAAAAAAGAGAAUAAUAAAUAUAUUUGUGCAAAAACAAAAGAAAAAAUUACGAAAUUGUAGAAAAUGAAUAAAGAUGAUCAAAAUCAAAAUUUAAAUAAAGCAACGUCACGGACAAAUUCAAAAACUUACAAUACAGCAGCAACAACAUCUACUGCAGCAGCGUUAGAGACUUCAAAACAACAACACCAGAAAAUAAAUUCAAAAAAUAAGAAAAACAGUACCAAUAAUAAUAACAAUAACAAUAGUUUAAAAUUGGCUACAGCUACAACAGUAGCUGCCACAAUAUCCACCAUUGCAACUAAUAAUAAUCAGCAACUUCAAAAUCCUGCUGCUGUUACUGGUAGCAGCAAUAAAAAGUCCUCAAAACAGGGCAAUGCCACAGCAGGACGUCAAAACAACUCCUCCGCUAACGCCUACACUACAUCAAUAUCUUCCUCAUCUGCCUCCUCCAACACCUCAGAUACAACAACAUUAACAACAUCGUUAUCAGCUACCGAUUUGGAUAACGGUGCCAGCUGUAUUGCUGUAAGUGCUGCUGCCACUGCAACUAACUUUGCGAAUUCGGCUAGAUUGAAAAAUACCAACAAUAACAGCAACAACAAUACCAACACCAACCAAAAUAAUUCAAAAAUUAAAUUAAAAGUUAACAAUAACAGUAACAACACUAAUAAUUCCCCCCAUACCGCCACCACAACUACGACCAACACCCCCAUAAGUCAAGCAUCUAACUCUGCUUCAACCUCCGCAGUUUACACUGCCAAUGGCAAUAAAAUGCCAAAAAAUUCAGCAGCAACAACAACAACAACUACCAUCGCUUCAACAUCAUCAGCCACAACAGUAUCAAUAGCAUCUAGCAUGCCAAUGGGUGUUAGUGGUGUAGAUAUUGAUAUGGCAGCCUUAAACACAGUACCCCCACCAUCGACGGCUGUAACGUCAACGGCUACUGGUACUGUGCCCACAAUUACCUCAAGUAAAUCGGCAACAAAUGCAAAUGCUGGUGUUGGUGGCAUUUCUUCGAAAUUGAAGAAAUCAUCUUCAACAGCUGCCGCCGCUGCUGCUGCAGCGCUUGUCCUUCAACAGCAGGCCGCAGCCGUUUCCUCGGGAAAAUCAGCGUUAUCAUCUGCUUCAGCUAAAUCUGGGUCAUCUUCGAAAGAUGCCCAUUUAAAGUUUACCUCCGCAUUACCGCUAUUGGUGGGUUCAGCGGCUGCCGCAGCUGCAGCGGCCAAAGGUGCCGGUGCAUCUUCUAGUGCUGGUGCUCAAGCUGCCGCCGCUGCUGCUGUCGCCCUCAAACAAAAGCUUAAAAGUGCUGCUGCCGCAUCAUCGGUAGUAGCUGCAGCCGCUGCCAGUAAUUCCCGCUCAAACUCAACGUCGACAUCCUCGAAUUCAUCCUCGCUCUCGUCAUCCGUUGGGAUUGUAAAUGCAAUUUCAAAUGCCCUGCAAAACAUCAUUACAAGCGAUAAUUCCGACACGGAUACGGAACUUUAUCCACCGCCGGUAACGGAUCUUUCUGAAUCAGACGAGGAAUCAGUUUCAGAGAUCCUUUUGGCAUGCUUGUGUCUAAGGCCAGAUUUAUUGGAUGAUAUUCCAGAAUCUGAUCCGGAUUCCUGUGGUCAUGAUGCCGAAGGUCAUGAAGAGGAAGAUGAUGGUGACGACGAGGACGAAGAUGAAGACGAAGAAGACGAGGAGGAUGACGAUGACGAAAAUGAGGAUGACGAUGAUGACGACGACGAUGAUGAGGAAGACGAAGAGGAAGAAAUCGACGAUGACGAUGAUGAUGAAGAAAUUCAAGAUCCCAAUGAGGUCAGUGGAGAUUUCUUGCUCGACACCAAUAACGAUCGUAGUAAUCGAAAUCUAAAUGCCCUCUUUGAAGCUGCUGCCAACGAAAAAGCACCUGUUUUACGUCAUGCCACACAUGCCAUCGAUGAGACUAAACAGGCCCUUACAAAAAUGCGUGGUGCUAGCAGUGAUAAAACCAUGUUCUCUCGUACUCUAAUUGCGGCCUGCAACGAUAACGAUGUUAAUACUGUGCGUAGUCUGUUGGGUAAGGGAAACGUUAAUAUUAACGAAUCUACGGAUGACGGUGAAUCCUUGCUUUCUAUGGCUUGCUCAGCUGGUUACUAUGAAUUGGCACAGGUUCUUUUAGCCAUGUCUGCAGCUCAAGUAGAAGACAAGGGCCAGAAAGAUUGUACUCCUUUAAUGGAGGCUGCUUCUGCUGGUCAUUUGGAGAUAGUUAAACUUUUACUAAGUCAUAAUGCAGAUGUAAAUGCUCAUUGUGCCACCGGUAAUACCCCGCUUAUGUUUGCUUGUGCUGGUGGUCAUGUAGAAGUGGUUAAAGAACUGCUAAAACAUGGUGCCAACGUCGAGGAGCAAAACGAAAACGGACAUACACCUUUAAUGGAAGCAGCAUCGGCUGGUCACGUUGAAGUAGCCAAGGUUUUAUUGGAACAUGGUGCCGGCAUCAAUACACAUUCGAAUGAAUUCAAGGAAAGUGCUCUGACGUUGGCAUGUUACAAGGGUCAUUUGAAUAUGGUACGUUUUCUUUUGCAAGCUGGCGCUGACCAAGAGCAUAAAACCGACGAAAUGCAUACUGCCCUAAUGGAGGCUUCGAUGGAUGGUCAUGUGGAAGUGGCCAGGCUACUACUGGACUCUGGAGCUCAAGUUAAUAUGCCUACCGAUUCAUUUGAAUCUCCACUGACUUUGGCCGCUUGUGGUGGACACGUUGAAUUGGCCACUUUGCUAAUUGAGCGUGGUGCCAAUAUCGAAGAGGUAAACGAUGAAGGCUAUACCCCCCUAAUGGAAGCUGCCCGUGAGGGCCACGAAGAAAUGGUAGCACUAUUGCUGAGUAAAGGGGCCAACAUCAAUGCCACUACCGAAGAAACCCAAGAAACGGCUUUGACGUUGGCCUGCUGUGGUGGGUUUAGUGAAGUGGCGGAAUAUUUGAUAAAACAUGGAGCCAAUUUAGAACUGGGAGCUUCUACGCCCCUAAUGGAAGCGGCUCAGGAAGGUCACACCGAUUUGGUACGUUUUCUCUUGGAGAACAAGGCCAACGUGCAUGCAGAAACUCAAACGGGCGAUACAGCCUUAACGCAUGCUUGUGAAAAUGGUCAUACCGAUGCCGCUGAAGUUCUGUUGAGCUAUGGUGCCGAAUUAGAACACGAGUCGGAAGGAGGCCGUACCCCGCUAAUGAAAGCCUGUCGUGCUGGUCAUUUGUGUACCGUCAAGUUUCUCAUUUCCAAAGGAGCAGACGUUAAUAAACAAACCAGUAGCAAUGACCACACCCCAUUGUCCUUGGCCUGCGCUGGUGGUCAUCAAGCAGUUGUAGAAUAUCUUUUGAAAAUUGGGGCCGAUCCAUUCCACAAACUUAAAGAUAACAGUACCAUGCUAAUCGAAGCGGCCAAAGGUGGCCAUACCCGUGUAGUAGAACUGUUGUUUAAGUAUCCCCACUUUAUACAAAAUCAUCAAAAUGAACUGCAAUCGGCAGCUGCAGCAGCGGCCGCAGCUGCUGCCGUUGGUAUUAAUAAUACAACUGCCUCGAAUGCUGCUGCCAAUCAAUUACACUUGAUAAACCUGCAACAGCAAAAGCAACUGCAACAACAGCAGAAACAAUUGCAGCAACAACUGCAAUUACAAUUGCAACAGUUGAGCGCUCCUCCUGGUUUGCAUGAAGUUUCUGAAGCUGCUCGAGUAAACAACCAACAAGUUUUCCAUCAUCAACAAUACACCACCAAUAAUUCCGCUUUAACUGGAGCCACAAAUGAGUAUUUGGAGGAACAACUGCAACUGCAAGCACCAAAUACCAAUGCCACAGAAGUUGGCUCCAAUCAAGUGGUAGCCUCGAAUGAGGAAUAUGCUGCCAUAGAUAUCAAUUCGUUGAGUGCUCAGCAACAAGAGGCAUUAAUUGCUAAAUCAAGACUUUUCCAUUUGCAAGCUGGUUUUGGUAAUGUUGGUGGAGGCGGCACAUCAGGUGUCAUUGCCAAUAAUAAUGAACAAGUUGCCGCCAAUCUCAACAAUCAACAACAGCAGCAACAACAACAACAGCAACUACAACAACGCAAACAUUUUGAUUUAGAUAUGUCACAUAUAAUGCCUCUUACGCCACCACAAAAACAACCUCCAGCUCCUCCUGUUUUGCAAGCGCAGCAGCAUCAGCCACAAACUCAAACAUUAACACAGCCGCAACAAAAUCAGCAACAACAACAAGCUCCUCAACAACAGCCGCAGCAGCAAAUUAAACUUAAGGGAAAUCAGCGUAAAAGCCGCCAACAGCCACCACAACCAUUUGAAGUUAGUAUACCAAACACUGCCAAUGCCAGCAACAACAAUAAUAAUUCGAACAAUGAACAACAACAGCAGCAGCAAAUGCAAGAUAUUGAACGUUCUCAGCCUUUGGGUGAUGAUGGAUUGGGCAAUAAGCCACUAACUCAACAUCAGUCCACAACACAGCAGCAGCAACAGCUACAAUUUUCCUGCUUUAAUGAUGAUUCACGUUUUAUAAGGCGUCGGGUUUUAAGGCAGGAUUUCAACAAGUUGUCAAAUGAUCAGAAGAAUAUUCCUGCUACUUUGUUGCCUGCCUCUUAUUUGGAUAUGACUGGUGGUAAUGUCAAUAACCAGAAUCAAAAUGUUGGUGAUGGUGCGGACGCUAUAACGUUGAAUCAAAAUCUAUUGGCAGUCGCCCCUGCUAUAGGUGAUGGUUCGGAGAUGCAACCAGUUAUUAUAGCGAGUCCAGAACCUCUAAAUUUUGCACCCAACCAGGCCCUAAUGAUGCAAGAACUUUUCGAUCCUAAUAAUCCACAAACUCCAUUGACUUUGGCUACCACUCUACCACAAGGAACACAAUUUGUUUUGGGUCCGGCACCACCACCUCAGCAACAACAGCUGCAGCAGCAGACUCAGUCACAACAGCAAACUCAGCAGCAGCAACGUAUUGUGACUGGUAAAACGACACAGAAGUCUGGUGGUAUAACAACACCUUCUGAAGUGUCCCAGAGUACUGCAAUCAGCGAUAGACCCAAAGCUAAGCCAGUUUCCAAGAAAGAUGGGAAAAUUUUGCGUAAAACCACAACACAAUCAACUGCAGCCACUCCACUCCAACAACCAUUGUUUAGGCAAAAUCAAAUGGUAUCCAUUUACAAUAACUUGCCCAUGUUAAUAACAAAUGAAGCCACUCCGAGUCUCCAAACCCAGCAAGCCAUCAUGAAUCAUAUGGUAUUUGCAGCCCAACAGCAUCAACAACAGCAGCAGCAGCAACAAAUUGCUUUAGAUGUUGUUAACAAUGCUCAAGUAUCACAGCAACAACCGCAACAACAGGGUGUCAUUGCUUUAAGUAAUUCCCCAGCAUCGCCAUUGGCUUCACCUUCAUCCGGGGCAACCGCUUUGUGUGAUCCGCAACUGCAACAGUUUAUGGAAAUACAAUCAGCCGAUGACAUUCACCAGCAGCAGCAACAGCAACCGGAAAAUGAUCAAACUGCUCAAGAGAUACAAGAGGCUUUAGAUGCAGCCCUCUCCGAUUCCAAAUUAGCUGUUACCGAUUCUCUGAAUGCCCUUAGCAAGGCUAAUGCAGCGGCAGCCGCUGCAGCCGUGGCCAAAGCUUGUGGGCUUAAUCCAGCCGAACAACAAGAAUGCCUAAAUAAACUCCAAGAGGGUUGGCAGAUUGUCGACUUACGCCAGCGUAUAUUCCAUAAACAACCUAAAUCACCUACAGAAACACCACCAGAAAAGCAAAUUAUAGAUAUUACCAACUUGGAAAACUUGGAAUUGGAUUCUAGUGAGACCGAUACCAAUAAUGAAAUGAAAAAUUUAGCCACACUUUGUACAGCUGCUGCUCAAGCGGCUGCAGUCAAUGUUACGCCUGGAGAGACAGACCCCAAAGACUCCAAAAUGACAGUUGACAACAAAGGCAGCUGUAGCAGUGGUCAGACCAAGAAACAACGUAAGCUAUCCAAAAAAGAGAAGCUCUCGCAGCAAGAUGGUUUAGAAUUGUGUCGCUUACCAGAACCCAUCAAAGAUUCAUUCAAAGAUGAACGACGAACUUCUGUAGAUGAUCAGCAAUCGUUAACCUCCGAAUUGUGUCCCGGUGAGGAUGAUGCUAACUCAGAUAUUGAACAGCAGGAUGAAGAUUUGUCCAAAUCCAUACAAGAACUGGAUGAUACACAAUUGCAAUUGAAAUCACCUACUAAAGGCAUAAGGCCGAUUUCACAGCGUUUAGAGAAUUUAAUACUCUCAAAUGCACCCCUCAAGCCUGGCGACUUGUCUCAGGCGUUUACGGAUUUGCGACAAGAAAUUGGAGCCGAUGUUCUUACUGUAUUCCCGCAAAAUAUGAAUUUGAAAUUUGCCGGCAAUACAGCCCUGAGCAAUGCCCUGCAACAGCAUUUGGCAGCGGUCAAACAGCAGAUCGGCGAUGUAACUGAAGAUUCCGGUGACGGCAUGAUACAACUUGGUGACGAUGACUCAAAUGCUGCUGCUCAAAGUGGCGGCCAACAACAACUAGUCUAUCCCUCAUCUAUGGAUGCUGAAACCUUGGAACAAUUCGCUAAUGCUGCUGCCCAGGCUAACAAUAAUAACGAUAACAAUUCGGUGGUCGCUGUGACUUCUGGCGGUGGUCAAGAUGAAAUUGGUGUCUCUGGCGAACAGACAGAGGAGGGUAUGCGAGAAGAAAUGUAUGACAUUGAGGUGGAAAUGGAUGACUUUUUCCAUGUCAUACACAAUGUUCAUGAUCCUGCUUUACAAGAAUUUGCUAGCAAUUUAAAUUGUGGUGAGUUGGCAGACUUUGGCAUCAAUUCUAUCUGCAAAACUCGAUGGAAUGGGAAUUGGGCUUUGACUCCUAAAUGGACUAGUCAAGAUCAAUUGAUAAGUGCCGCAGCUGCGGCUCAUCAUCAACAACAGCAACAGCAGGGCCUUUUGGCAACCAGCGAAGAACAGCAGCAGCAACAAGAGCAACAAAGACAGGCGAAUCAACUAUUGUUGGACUAUCAAUUGCAACAGCAGUUACAGCAAAGAUUUGCUGAUGCCGAUGAAAUGCAAAUGCAGCAACAUCAACAUCAGCAAACUACGUUGUCUUUGAUACCUUUUUCACCUGAAGAUGCUGCUGCCGCCGUUCAGCAACAGCAGCAGCAACAAUUACAAACACUGCCAACAUCUACGUCAGCUACCAGCACAGUGGCUGAAUAUCAAUUGCAGCAACAACAACAGCACCAGCAACACACCCAACAUCAUGGCUUAGAUCAAGAACUCAAACAGCAUAUACAACAACUACACCAGCAACAACAAACCAAUGUACGUCUAUUAAAGGCCGUUGCGGCAGCUGCUGCUAAUCAACAGCAGCAGCAACAACAACUAACUACUAAUCAGCAGCAAAAUGUAACCAACAACAAUAACAACAAUAAUUUUGUUUUCAAUGUUGACGGUAGCGGUGGUGUGGGCACCACUGUCGCAGACAAGUCCUCCCAAUCUUUACAGUUAUUAUUCCAAUUACCACCUACGGCCCAACAGCAACAGCAGCAACAACAAGAUGAGGUAGCUGCCACAGCUCAGCAACUGCAGCACUUGAAAUUGCAUCAUCAAGAAUUGCAAGAUCAGCAAAAGCAACAGCAACUACAGUUAAAGUUGUUGCAGCAACAAGAGCAAGAUUUGUCACAAACCACUGCUGAGAGCUUAAUGCAACAGCAGCAGCAACAGCAACAAACCACCCUGGAACAAGUGGCACAAAAUAAUCUCUUAUUGCAGCAACAGGCCGCCUUAGCCCAACAGGUACUCAAUCAGCAGGUCUUAAAGCAAAAGCAACAGCAAUUGUUACAGCAGCAACAAUCAACACAGGUUCAGGUUUCUACCCAGACUCAAUCCUCUGUUGUUGUACCUCACCCAAAUGCUGUGCAAGUUCAAACAUCACGUGGUGUUAACAAUCAAUUCUGUCCUACUCUCUCAACCAUGGCUGCUGCCGUUGAUGUCGGCUUGGGCAGUGUUUGCGCCCUAACACCGCAACAGCAACAACAGCAACAACAGCAACAACAACAGCAGCAACAACAUCAAAUAUCUCAAGAACAGCAAAUGCUUGCAGCUGGCUAUGCAGCCGGUGUUCUUGCAGUGACACAACAUCAACAACUGCCAGUACCAGCACCAUUGACAGCAGCCCUAAACCAAGUUGUUGCCAAUGCUUCGUCUGUACUUCCACCCCAGGCAUCAACCAGUUCUGGCAGUAGCAAAAUGCCCGGGGGUAUUGCCAAAAAGGUAAUCGACAAGCAGUCACGCAAAGAACGCAAUCGAUAUUCAUUGUUACGUUCAGCUGCCGGUAGUCAAGCUAAUGCUGCCGCACAACAGCAAUAUCAACAAACAGUUGCCGCAACUACUGCCUUAGACAAAACCAUCGAUGUAGAUUCCGAAACCGAUUCCAAUCAUGAUACAGCCCUUACUCUUGCCUGUGCUGGUGGCCAUGAGGAAUUAGUCGAGUUACUUAUAAAUCGUGGAGCAAAUAUAGAGCAUCGAGAUAAAAAGGGCUUUACACCACUGAUUCUAGCAGCGACAGCAGGCCAUGAGAAAGUGGUAGAUAUUUUACUCAAGCAUGGCGCUGAUCUAGAGGCCCAGUCGGAACGGACUAAAGAUACACCACUAUCGUUGGCCUGUUCGGGUGGACGCUAUGAAGUCGUAGAGCUGCUUUUAGGCAUUGGAGCCAAUAAGGAGCAUCGCAAUGUCUCCGAUUACACACCAUUGAGUUUGGCAGCGAGUGGUGGCUAUGUGAACAUCAUAAAAUUGUUGCUUAGUAAUGGAGCUGAGAUUAAUUCACGUACGGGCAGUAAAUUGGGCAUAUCUCCGUUAAUGCUGGCCGCCAUGAAUGGGCAUACGGCAGCGGUGAAAUUAUUGUUAGAUCAGGGUUCGGAUAUUAAUGCUCAGAUUGAAACUAAUCGUAAUACUGCUUUGACAUUGGCCUGUUUCCAGGGCAGGCAUGAGGUGGUAAGUUUGUUGUUAGAUCGUAAAGCCAAUGUCGAACAUCGUGCUAAGACUGGUUUAACGCCCCUCAUGGAAGCCGCUUCGGGUGGUUAUAUAGAAGUUGGACGUGUUCUGCUGGACAAGGGGGCUGACGUUAAUGCAGCGCCAGUGCCCACCUCAAGAGACACGGCCUUAACUAUAGCCGCGGAUAAGGGCCACUUAAAAUUCGUCGAACUGCUGUUGGCUCGUGGAGCCGCAGUGGAGGUAAAGAAUAAAAAGGGCAAUUCCCCGCUAUGGUUGGCUGCCCACGGUGGUCAUCUGAGCGUGGUUGAUAUAUUAUACAAUCACAAUGCUGAUAUCGAUUCACAAGAUAACAGACGUGUCUCCUGUUUAAUGGCCGCAUUCCGCAAAGGCCAUACAAAGACCGUCAGAUGGAUGGUUCAAUAUGUCACCCAGUUUCCUUCCGAUCAGGAAAUGAACCGUUUCAUUAGCACUAUAAGCGAUAAAGAACUAUCUGAGAAAUGCUACGAUUGCAUGAAAAUCAUACGCGCUGCAAAGGAGGCACAAGCCGUGAAGGCCAACAAGAAUGCUUCAAUUCUAUUGGAGGAAUUGGAUAUGGAGAGAACUCGUGAAGAGAGCAGAAGGGCUGCUGCUGCUCGUCGCCGUGAACGCAAAAAGAAGAAGAAGAUGGAAAAGAAAGAAGAGAAACGUCGACAAAUGGAAGAAGCCACUGGUGGCUCGAGCAUUCUGAAAGAUGAAGAUGAUAAAGAUUCCGACAAAGAUGAUGAAUCCGAUCACGAGGACAACAAUGCCGCCGAUGAAGAUGAUGACCAACAGAAUCCUCAAAAUUAUCGUGAAGAAGGUGACUCUGGUAUAGAUCAAGGAUCAUGUUCCAGUACCGAUAUAAAGGCUUCGGGCGGAAAUCUGCAGAACAAUGACAAGUCUGUCGGUGUUGGGGGUAGUGUAGGAGGAAAAAACAAAAAUAAAAAGAAGAAUAAACAACAAAAUACGCGUAAUAGUAGUCCAGUUGUGGAAGAACCUCAAAUAGUCCAACCUGCACCAGCUGCAAAGACACAGCAGCAGCCGCAGCAGCAACAACAACAAAAUAAUAAAAAGAAAGAUGAUAAUAGCAACUCAAAAACUGUAUCGAACAGCAACAAGAAAAAUACCGCUGAACAAAAUACUUUAGCUACGAAAACACAAAGUAAUAACAACAAUACAAAUGUCAGCAAUAAGAAAUCGGAGCAUCAACACAAGAAAGAGGAGGUUGUAAGUAGCAAUAGCAACAACAAUGCUUCAUUGAAUACUGGUUCUACAUCAACCACAACGAUUGGUAACAAAAAGAAAGAAUCCAAUAAACAAAAAGAAAAGGAAAACUUGGCACCCAAAGAAUUAACAGCCGCAGGAACGGCUCAGCAUCAACAACAACCAACACAAUCAAAUAGCCACAGUCAUAUUCACAUUAAUAAACAGCAACAACAAGCACAUGUUCAACAACAGGCAACCAACAACAAUAAAUCGGAAACAUCCUCCGCUGGAAAUCGUAAAUCCUUAAUAUUUUCUGCUUCCAAAAUGGCUGAAGAAAAUAAUAAACGAGACAUGGAAUCUAUUGCAUCCACAACGUUGGGAUCGACUUCUGCCAGCAAUAAGACUCAUCCAGCUACGUCAGCAGUCCCUAAAAGGGGAGAAGACGGCUGGAAAGAGGUGGUACGCAAAAGUUCAACCCAACAAUCGACUACAACUGCAGCGUCUGGUUCUGCUUCCAGCAAUUCCUCUUCAGCAACAGCGGCCAACAGCAAAGAGUCCAUGUCCAGUACUUCAACAACCCUCUCUUCUUCGUCAAAUUCUUCCUCGUCUACGACCAUAACCGUACCUGGAGUAUCGACAACUACCACCGUUACAUCAACAAUGCCCGAAAUGACCUGCAAAAAGGUACAAGUACCAGUCAAUGCCAUCUCCCGUGUAAUUGGACGUGCUGGUAGUAAUAUUAACGCCAUACGAGCCACCACUGGAGCUCACAUUGAAGUGGAGAAACAGGGGAAAAAUCAAUCGGAACGAAGCAUAACCAUCAAGGGUCUUACAGAAGCUACAAAACAGGCUCACAUGUUGAUUUUAGCUCUCAUUAAGGACCCAGACGUGGACAUAUUACAAAUGCUACCACGUAUUAACACUACUAUUAAAGCUUCAGUAGUGCCACCUGCUUCUACAACUCCGCCAUCUUCCAUCUCGACCAUGCAAGUGGGAACUUGGGAUAAUAAGACAGCUAUACACUCCACAAGCGGUGGUCAAAGCAGCAAUAUGUCUUCAGGAUCAUCAACAACAUCGUCUGCCUCAUCCACACCCGGCAGUAAUUUGAACUCGAAGACAGCAGGAAACCUAAAUUCCAAAUCAAAUGCAAAGUCACAAGGAGGAGGUAUAGGUACAAAUUCAAAUAAAUCUGCCAUAGGUAGAACACAACCUUCUAAGCCGUUUUAUGCCCAACAAACACUCACAUCAAGCCGUGGCGCAGGCGUAGGUGUAGCCUCAAGUGUCAGCAAUCAAAUUAAACAUAAAGAUCUUAAUAGUAAGGGCUUGAGUGGACCAGGAUUCAGUCAGAAAUCUGUUGGAGCACCAGGUAGUAAAUCAGCUGUUACCAGUUUCGGAGGAUCCGGAGUAAAUAACCAAACAUUUGCUGCCAAAUUGUUAACAGGUGGAGCUGCUACUACAUCUUUAACUGGCACCAAUUUGUCUCCCACAAAGAAAACGGAACUAGGAGGCUUGCAGAGGUCGGGAAUAACAGCUCCAUACGGUCGUGGCAAACCUAUGCCCAGUUCUACCAUACCUUCCUUGGGAGGUGUAGGAGUUUUAGGGCAAAACAACAAUACAUUAUCCGGUCCCAUUGGCACAUUCAAUGUAGCCGAGGCUGCUGCUGCUGUUGCAGCUGCUAAUGCUGCAGCUGCUCAUGUAGCGUCAUCGAAUACUACGGCACGAUCUGUGACCCCCAUUGGGCCCCCAAAUAAACAACGGGCUCCCACACCUACAACACUACAACAAUCGGGAGGACAUACCACCAACAACAAUGCCACGUUACAAGCAACACAAUCAUUGCAACAGCAACAAAAUUUGCACAUCAAUACUGGAAAUAUGGGUGACAAUAUCAAUACAUCUGGAAAUUCAGCCUCAUUGGCCACUCCUGGUAGUUUUGGAGCUCAGUUGGCUGCAAAGAUAAGCAGUGAAUAUUCUCUCUUUAACGAUUACCAUCAGUCGCAAUGGGGUACUGCAGAUAAUUCACAGAUUUACGCUAAUCCCAAUGCUAUGGUUAAUGAUAACUUGCCUCAGGCUGAUGCUUCUAAGGCUCCGGGUUACAACCGCAAUAUAUUGAGCUCUCCAGUAGGAAGUUCUAAGGCUUCUAAUUCCAGCACACCACCGGGAAAUGCAGCCACAAGCAAUCUCAGUGUGGCCUCUCAGCAAACACUGACUAUUUUGCCAGAAACUGGCGUAGCUCCCAUAGGUUCUACAGCCUCUCAAUCGGCUCGAUCACCAGCUGGUAUUUCGGUGGCCGGCAAUGAUUUGACUCCACCAUCAGGAGGUAAUGCCGGUCAGCCUGCACAGCAACAAGAUUCUAGUGCUAUAUCGCCUAAUGUUAUUAAGCCACCUGGAGCCAUAGGACAAACUGCUAGCGCAGCUGGUGCCUCAUCACAGCAACAACCAGCAAAUGCCGGAAACGUAUCACAGCCACCUCCAAGUGGUUUGGCUAUACAAAGACCCCAGACAAGCGGCCAACACAGAGCGAAUGCUUCCAAUAAUUCGACUCAACAAUCUCCACCAUCGGCACAACCCAAUGUGGCAGACAAUUCUGGAAAUACGUUGAAUUUUGGUCCUAUAGGGCCCUCAGUGAAUCGUGGCAAUAAUCCAGCCGGGGCUAUAGGAGAACAACCACGUUUCUACGAUCCAACCAACCAAAUGAAUGUUGCUGUUCCCAUGGGCUUCCAAAUUGAUCCCAACCUAAUGCAACAGCAAGCCUACAAUUCGGCCAACUCUAGACUCAAUCCCAGAGCUUCGGUAUUUGGCGGACAACAACAGCCAGGCAAUAAAUCACAAACACAAUCAUCACAAGCCAUGGCUUCAGCCAUGUAUCACCAACAAAACCAACAGCAACAACCACCUACACAACAAAAUCAACAAGGAAAUGUCUUCAAUGCCGCACCAGGAAAACCCCUAAAUGCCGGCCAGAAUUUGGCACCACAACGGCCACAAUCUCAACCUCAGGCUGGUCAAACACAAAAUCAACGUUGGUACGGCACCGACUAUGCCACAGCCGGCGGUUAUGUGCCACCUUCAACCCGGGACAUAUUGAAUUUGGAAAAUGGUUCUACUGGUGGCAUGGGUGGUGCCGGUGCAAAUUCGCCAGCUGCCAUGUCACCCAGUCAGAGUGGCAAUGUCAACAAUCCUGCUGGUCUUCUACAAACACCCCCACAAAUGCCAGGCCAACAAUCGGCCGAUGAUAUGCGCAAAAUACCCAGACCUAUUGGUACAGAACGGGCAUCAUGGAAGUAUAACAACUAUCCAGGCAUGGCUAAUAUGGGCAUGGGUGUGGGAGGUUUAGCUGGUGCCGUCGGUUUAGGUACCAUGGAUGAUAAUUUAGCAGCUAUGUCCGCAGCUGCUGCUGGUAUGCCAGGUGCUGGUAUGCCAACAGGCCCGUUGCCACCAUGGCUUUUAGGUAAUGCCGAUAAGCAAGCGGCCGCCGCUGCUGUACAACAGCAACAACAACAACAGCAGCAACAUUCGAAUUGGAUGAAACAACAAUAUCGUUACUACAAUCAGGGUGCAGCUGGUGCUGGUACUAUAGGCGGUCUAACUGGAAUCGGCGGUCCGGCCGAUUACCAUCAUCAACAAGAUCAAUUUCAUAUGGCUUUGGAUUAUCAUAACACUAUGCCACCCCCAAAUUUGAAUCAGAACCAACCAAUGAAUUUAAUACCCACAUACACUACUUAUCCACAUUUCUUGGGUCACGUUGGUGGCAAUGAAAUGUCUCAUAUGCCUGAAAAGAUCGAACUGUGGGAUCAUCAUGAUAAACAUACUUGGACCAGCAAUUGGACCAAUUGAUGAUGCAAACGUAAAACCAGUCAGUGAAUCUAGAAACAGUAUGCAGCAACCAACUAUAAAUUAACAACAAUCUUAAAUGAAAAGCGUUGCUCAUUUCAACAUAACAUCAGACACUGCAAAAACAACAACAACAAUGAGCUAAUUUAAUAAUAAAAACACACAAUUAUCUAUCACUUUCUCUCUCUAAACUACAUAUAAAGUUUUUUGAUUUUGAAAACAAAAAUAUUAAAUACUUCAAAGAAUAAUAUUUAUAAAAUAUUAUUAAUAUUACUCGUACUACUCUUCAAUACAAGUUAAAAAAAAAAUUAUAUAUUUUUUUGGAUUAAGCUUAAACAUAAACAAAACAAAAAUAUUUGAAAUGAAUUAAAAAUAAAGUUAUAAUACAAGAGAUCAAUUGCAAAAAGUAAAAAUGAAUGAAUGAAAAUGGUUGAAUUAAAACGAGCUGGAAUUUAAUUUAUCAUUAUUCUUUGUUGAAAACCUUAAAUAUUAUUUUAAUACAUUCUUUUUUGAGUUUAUUUUCUCUCUAAACAUUAUACGCUUGAAGCCUUGAAUAAUUUACAUUUUGUUUUGGGAUUUUUAUUUUUUGUAUGUAAAACAGAAACACUGGAAAAAGCUGUUUUUUGAGAAAUAUUUGCAUAAUAAUAAACAAAAAAAACUUUACUUCUUAUAUUGUUAUAUUUAACAAAAUGCAUUAAAUGAAAAGUAAAAAAUGAAACAUAAAUACACUUGAAAAAAUCUUUGAUUGAAAAAUAAAAAAAAACAAAAAUAAGUAAAACUCAUAUUAUAUGGAAAAUUUACAUAAAUACAUACAUUGUUAGUCUGUAAGCAGCUACAAACAUAAAAAACAAAAUGUUUUUGAAAUAUAUAUUAUAUAAUAGCUAUUACUUACUACUACUACUACACACUUUGAAAUAUUUAAUAAAUAUAUACAUAUAUAAAAAAAGCAUGAAAUAUAAAUAAAAAACAAAAUCAUUAUAAAAAAAAUCGUAAAAAUCAACAAA